UUUUUGCAUUCAUAAUACAGUGAGAAUCACGAUUUCUAAAAUUUCUGAAUAUAAUCCUUCCUGUGGAAUUCUAGAAAGGAAUUCCAGCAACUACAAAAAUUUCACUUCUGCAUUAGCUCUGCUGGUAGAAACCACUGCAAACACAUUUCUUUAUAUGAGACUAUACCUUUCUAUUUAUCUACAAUAUUUUUUAUUUCUUUGCAGAUAUUGAUGUAUAAUAUAGCAUCUAAACUAUUUGUUUGCUUUUCUUCCAGGCUGCUGAAUCAGGAAUAAUAAAAGUGAAAACAAUAGCUGCACGAAACACAGAUAUUUUGGCAGUGGGGAAAGUAUGCCAGCAUUGAAAGAGAACAGCUCAGAGGUGGUUCAGCCUUUUCUGAUGGGUUGUGGAACAAAAGAACCAAAGAUCACUCAGCUGUGUCUAGCAGCCAUACAGAGGCUCAUGUCUCAUGAAGUUGUUUCAGAGGCUGCAGCUGGGAACAUUAUUAAUAUGCUUUGGCAGUUGAUGGAGAACAGUCUUGAAGAACUUAAAUUGCUCCAGACAGUUCUUGUACUUUUAACAACCAAUACAGUUGUGCAUGAUGAAGCACUGUCCAAGGCAAUUGUACUUUGCUUUCGAUUGCACUUCACAAAAGAUAAUAUCACAAAUAACACUGCGGCAGCUACAGUGCGGCAGGUAGUGACUGUGGUGUUUGAGAGAGUGGUUGCUGAAGAUGAACGAUACAAAGAUGCUGUUGACCAGCCAGCUGCAGUUCAAGGGAAUAGUAACAGAAGAUCUGUCAGUACACUGAAGCCAUGUGCUAAGGAUGCAUAUAUGCUUUUUCAGGAUCUUUGUCAAUUAGUUAAUGCUGAUGCUCCCUACUGGCUCGUGGGUAUGACAGAAAUGACGCGGACAUUUGGCCUGGAACUUCUUGAGUCAGUCCUCAAUGAUUUUCCACAAGUAUUUUUACAACAUCAGGAAUUCAGUUUUCUUCUUAAAGAAAGGGUAUGCCCUCUUGUUAUAAAGCUCUUCUCCCCAAAUAUCAAAUUCAGGCAAGGUUCCACCACCUCAUCUUCCCCAGCACCAGUGGAAAAACCGUACUUUCCCAUCUGUAUGCGUUUGCUGCGAGUAGUUUCUGUUUUGAUUAAACAGUUUUACAGCUUGCUGGUAACAGAAUGUGAAAUCUUUCUGUCGUUGCUGGUUAAGUUUCUGGAUGCAGACAAACCACAGUGGCUACGAGCUGUUGCAGUAGAAUCUAUUCACAGGCUUUGUGUGCAGCCUCAGUUAUUAAGGUCUUUUUGUCAGUCAUAUGAUAUGAAGCAACAUUCCACUAAAGUUUUCCGUGAUAUUGUGAAUGCACUGGGGUCCUUUAUCCAGUCUCUAUUUCUUGUACCAAGCACGGGGAACACAUCAGCAACUCCAAACCAAACUGGAAGCAAUGCAUCAGGGAAUACUGGCUCAGCACAAACUAACCCAGGAGUGCUUGGAAUGGGUGGAGGUGCAACUGUAUUACCUGCCUUUGAGUACAGAGGUACUUGGAUACCCAUCCUGAAUGUAACAGUACAAGGCAGUGCUAAAGCUACAUAUUUGGAGAUGCUGGACAAAGUUGAGCCACCUACAAUUCCUGAGGGCUAUGCAAUGUCAGUGGCAUUUCACUGUUUGCUGGAUCUUGUCCGUGGUAUCACUACCAUGAUCGAAGGAGAGUUGGGAGAGGCAGAAACUGUCAUUCAGACCACAACAGAGACAACUUCAAUACCAGCACAGUCUUCAGAGCAAGAUUUGCAGUCUCUUUCUGACCAAUCAGAGAAAGAACUAGUUAGCAGAGCUGUCUGGGAAGAAAUGGUGAACGCUUGUUGGUGUGGUCUUCUUGCUGCUCUAUCCCUUCUACUUGACGCAAGCACUGAUGAAGCUGCCACUGAAAAUAUUCUAAAAGCAGAAUUGACUAUGGCUGCACUUUGUGGAAGACUGGGUCUUGUAACAUCAAGAGAUGCCUUUAUCACUGCCAUUUGCAAAGGAUCCUUGCCUCCUCACUAUGCCCUUACUGUAUUAAACAGCACAACUGCAGCUCUGUCCAGCAAAUCAUAUUCCAUUCAGGGGCAGAAUGUUCAAAUGAUUAGUCCCUCAAGUGAGUCUCACCAGCAGGUUGUAGCAGUAGGGCAACCUUUAGCUCUUCAGCCACAGGGAACAGUUAUGCUGACAUCAAAAAAUAUCCAGUGUAUGAGGACAUUACUUAACUUAGCUCACUUCCAUGGAGCAGUUCUUGGUACAUCGUGGCAACUUGUUCUGGCUACCCUUCAGCAUCUAGUGUGGAUUCUGGGACUGAAGCCUAGUGUUGGGGGUGCACUAAAACCUGGAAGAGCUGUGGAAGGGCCAAGCACAGUUCUGACUACAGCAGUUAUGACUGAUCUGCCAUCUAUAUCCAGCAUGAUUUCAAAGCUUUUUGAAAACUCACAGUACCUUGACGAUGUGUCUUUACAUCACUUAAUAAAUGCCCUUUGCUCCUUGUCUCUGGAAGCCAUGGAUAUGGCCUAUGGAAACAAUAAGGAACCAUCACUUUUUGCUGUUGCUAAACUACUGGAAACGGGACUAGUUAACAUGCGCAGGAUUGAGAUUCUUUGGAGACCUCUGACCGGGCAUCUUCUGGAGAAGGUCUGUCAGCAUCCCAACUCCAGAAUGAGAGAAUGGGGAGCAGAAGCUUUAACUUCUCUCAUUAAAGCAGGACUGACAUUCAGACAUGAUCCUCCAUUAUCUCAAAAUCAGAGACUGCAAUUGCUUUUAUUGAAUCCACUAAAGGAGCUGUCAAACAUUAGUCAUCCUGAUAUCAGGAUCAAGCAGUUGGAGUGUGUGCUACAGAUUUUACAGAGUCAGGGUGACAGCUUAGGACCUGGUUGGCCAUUGGUGCUUGGAGUCAUGGGGGCAAUCCAAAGUGAUCAGGGAGAGUCCUUAAUACGGACUGCAUUCCAGUGUCUUCAGCUCGUUGUGACCGACUUCCUUCCAACAAUGCCAUGUACUUGUCUGCAGAUAGUUGUUGAAGUUGCAGGAAGCUUUGGACUUCACAAUCAAGAGCUAAAUAUUAGCUUAACUUCAAUUGGCUUGCUGUGGAAUAUUUCAGAUUAUUUUUUCCAAAGAGGUGAAAUAAUUGAAAAGGAGCUAAACAAAGAAGAAGCAGUGUUGCAGAAACAGGCAGAAGAAAAAGGAGUGUUGCUGAACAGACCUUUCCAUCCUGCAUCACCAUUUGACUGCCUUUGGUUAUGCUUGUAUGCCAAACUUGGUGAACUGUGUGUGGAUCCCCGGCCUGCAGUUAGAAAGAGCGCCGGGCAGACAUUGUUUUCUACUAUUGGUGCUCAUGGAACUUUACUGCAACAUUCAACAUGGCACACAGUAAUAUGGAAGGUUUUAUUUCACCUGUUGGAUAGGGUUCGAGAAUCUUCUACGACAGCUGACAAAGAGAAGAUUGAAUCAGGAGGAGGCAACAUUCUCAUUCAUCAUUCAAGGGAUACAGCUGAGAAACAGUGGGCUGAGACAUGGGUACUAACACUGGCUGGAGUUGCAAGAAUAUUUAACACUAGGAGAUACUUACUGCAGCCUCUAGGAGACUUUUCCCAAGCCUGGGAUGUUCUUCUUGAUCACAUCCAGUCAGCAGCACUUAGCAAAAAUAAUGAAGUUUCCUUGGCUGCUCUGAAAAGCUUCCAGGAAAUCCUACAAAUUGUUUCUCCUGUUCGAGACUCUGAGAAACCUGAGACACCACCUGCCAUCAAUGUUUCUGUACCUUUGGUGGUAGGGACAGCUACUGCCACUAGUCUUGGCAGAUCAUUCAUGAGAACUGACUCCAUAGGAGAAAGAAUAGGAAGAUAUAAUGGAUCUGAACCUCCUGUAAUAACAGAUGAGAUUGAAGAUUUGAAUCUCUGGUGGGCAGCCUGGAACAGCUGGUACAGGAUUGGAUCAGAAAGUACAAGGCCUCCAAUUACUUGUGAUAAAUUGACUUUCAUUCCCAGCCAGCCUUUUCUUACAGCUUUAAUUCAGAUAUUCCCAGCUCUUUACCAGCACAUCAAAACUGGUUUCAGCAUGGAUGAUCUCCAAAAGCUGGGUGUCAUUUUGCACGGUGCUGUUUCAGUUCCAAUCAGUUCAGAUGCUUCCCCUUUCAUCCUUCCAUCUUACACUGAAGCAGUUCUGACAAGUUUACAGGAAGCGGUGCUUACAGCUUUAGAUGUUUUACAAAAGGCUAUAUGUGUGGGCUCAGAAGGUAUGCAGAUAAUGUAUCCUGCAAUCUUUGAUCAGCUACUGGCCUUUGUAGAAUUUUCCUGCAAGCCUCCACAGUACGGACAGCUGGAAACAAAGCACAUUGCAAAUGCAAAGUAUAAUCAGAUACAACUAUUUGCACCGGCGGAAUGGGUGGCAUUGAAUUACGUACCAUUUGCAGAGAGAUCAUUGGAAGUUGUGGUGGACUUAUACCAAAAGACAGCUUGCCACAAAGCUGUGGUAACAGAGAAGGUUCUUCAGAACAUUAUUAAGACACUUAGAAUACCUCUUAGUCUGAAGUACUCGUGUCCUUCUGAAAGCACAUGGAAGCUAGCUGUGUCCUCUCUUCUCAAAGUUCUCUCCAUUGGACUACCUGUUGCAAGGCAGCAUGCAUCUUCCGGAAAAUUUGACAGUAUGUGGCCAGAGCUAGCAAAUACUUUUGAAGACUUUUUAUUCACUAAAAGUAUGUUUAUUUUUAGUACACCUCCUGAUAAUCUCUCAAUUCAAGAAUUUCAGAAGAAUGAGAGUAUUGAUGUUGAGGUGGUGCAGCUUAUCAGCACAGAGAUAUUGCCAUAUGCUAAUUUUAUUCCUAAGGAAUUUGUUGGUCAGAUAAUGACUAUGCUCAAUAAAGGCUCAAUACAUUCUCAGUCAUCCUCCUUUACAGAAGCUGAAAUAGAUAUUCGAAUGAGAGAAGAGUUUUCUAAGGUGUGUUUUGAAACACUGCUCCAGUUUUCAUUCAGUAAUAAAGUUACAACUCCUCAAGAAGGCUACAUCUCUAGAAUGGCACUUUCUGUGCUCUUGAAAAGGUCACAGGAUGUAUUGCAUCGCUACAUAGAAGAUGAGAGAUUGAGUGGCAAAUGUCCUCUUCCACGGCAGCAAGUAACAGAAAUCAUAUUUGUUUUAAAAGCUGUCAGUACUCUCAUAGAUUCACUUAAAAAGACUCAACCUGAAAAUGUUGAUUCUAGCACAUGGGCACAAGUUAUUGCCUUGUACCCGACUUUAGUAGAAUGUAUCACCUGCUCAUCCUCAGAAGUGUGCUCUGCUUUGAAGGAGGCACUGGUUCCCUUUAAGGACUUCAUGCAUCCACCAGCAGCCAAGGUACAGAAUGGAGAGUCUUGACCCCAUAAAACUUCUUUUUUAUUCUUGAAAGGAUUAUCCAAAAAUGUUUGCUCCUGGGUGAAGUUUCUCUGAGGAAAUCUCUUGUGACUAGUACUUUGGCAACAAUACUGACUGCCUCUUAACUGUAUUAACAAGAGCUCAGUAAGUCGUGAAUACAGGCUUUAUCUCAAAGGUUCCAGAGUGAGUAGCAGUGCAAACCUUUAAUAAAUAUAAUUGACUAGUCAGAAUCAUUUAUAAUCUAAUGUACUUGCUACAGUAUCUUGAAGUGGUGAUUGAAAAGUGGGCUUAUGUACAGCUUGUUGUGUAUGUGUUAAUGAUGUAAUUAAAAAUAUUUCAAUUCAGUCAGAUUUAUUAGGCUGGUGUUUUGCACCCUUUUUUGAAGUAUGAAUUGUACUAAAAUUUUAUGCAAGAUGGUACUGUAACAUUCCAUAUAUCUGUAACCAGCCUUUGUAAACAAAGGGAACUGAUAUACUUGUGUGUAUAAUAAAUGGUACAGUUAUGUAUAAAAUAGUUGCAUUUAUUAUUUAAAUUCUUUUAAAAAUAUUGAUAAUGUCAAAUGCUUGAAAAUGUAUUUAUUAUGAAUAAGUUGUAUGCUUGCAUUUUUACUUACAGUUUGCCUUUUAAAUUGCCAGAUAUGCUCAUUCAUAUCUGAUCAUGUUAGUUUUUGCUCAAUUGAAUGUAUCGUCUUUGUGGCCACUGGACAUCUGCAAAGGGUCAUAUAAUGAAAGAUUGAAACAAGCAGUCACAGUCUGCUGAUCUCAAACUUCAAAGCAGUUGACCUGAAAUAAGUUUGAAUAUGCACAAAUCCACUGUAGCACUUCAACACUACCAUACCUCACUUCAUAAUAAAUUUGUUUCAAGAUUUUUGUUCUACUUAACUCUAUCCAUUUUUGCAGUUGCAGCCUUGCUUUAAAAAGAAAAAGAACAUAUUUGAGGGUUGUUAGCCUUUUUUGACCUUCUUGGCAAGUAUCACAGUCUUUGAAUCAUGACCCAGAAAAGGCAAGUUCAAAUAUCUAAAAUACUUGGCUGUAAUAUUUUGUUCAAUAAUUUUAAGUGUUUUGUUUUGUAAUGUCUUUUCAACCCAAACAAAUUGUUCUAAUCAUUUAAUAUCGUUUAAUUAUAAACUCUGUCUGAUAAAAACCAUGAGAAGUGUAUUUCUGAAGAUAGAUACUCAGUUAGAAAUGCAGUAAAAUUUGUCAUUAAGUAAAUGUGAAUUUGUUUGACUUUAAGAUAAUACACAAUUGAAGCAAACCACUUUUAAUAGUAUUGUUUUUAAAGUUUGUGAUCUAGCAUUUAAACUCUUAUUUAAUGAAUUUUGAUUUCAAUAAUGUUUCACCUGUAUUCAAAUUUUUAAUCUGUGACGUGAAAGCACAAAGGCCAAAUGAAAAAAAAAAAAAGGUGCCUUUUUUGGAUUUCAGAACUUAACUUUAGGGUUUUGUUUCUUCAAGUCUUUUGUAGAUAUUAAAAAUUGUCAUGCAUAAGAAAUGGUAUUAUAUCUGUUUGCUUUGCACUUUCCUUGCUCAAGGAACACUGAUUGGUUCAAGUGAAUAGGUGUAAAAGCUGUAGAAGCUUCAAGCUGAAUGUAUGAUGAACUGGUCAUGGUUACCCUGCAUUAAUAAUGUUCUCCAGGCAGUUCUUUGGACAGCUUGCUCCCACAAGUCUCCAGUUUAUGGUCCUUUUUAAAAGCUUUCUGUUUUAAAGUAUGGUAAAUAUUAAAGAGGCUUCAAGACCUUGCAUGUUUCUUUGACCAGAGUUGCAUAGGACAUAAUUGUCAAACCUGAAUAGUUUUAAGAGAAUACACAGUUUGCAUUAAGGAAACAAACAUUUCUUGUUAAUAAAAUUUAUGUAAAAAUACCUUCUCUGGAGGAGCAGUUCCAGUAUACUGCAGAACCGGAUCUUACAUAAAAGUAGCAACAUCAUCCAUACUCUGAAAGCUAGAACCUGACAACUGUUCUCCUAAUUAGUGGAAGAUAAGUCGAGGUCAUUAAAGAAGUAAACUGUAGGACAGGAAAGAAGGGAAUUAAUUUAUUUUAGAAUAUAUAGGUGUGCAGUCCAAGCUUUGGGUGAAUUUGUUUCUAAUUAGUUUUGAAUGGAUUUUUCAGUGAUCAUACAGAUGCAUUUGUCCAUUGAGGCAAAUCUUCAUCUUUAUCUGUAAUUCAGAAAGGGAUGCAUGAGUCUUUCUUGACUCUAGAACUUAUACUACUUUACACCUAUGAAUAUUAAUCUUCAAAAGAUUUUGAAAUAAACUACCAAUGAGCUAACUUACCAUCCUUUCCUCUUAAUUAUAAAAUGAAUAUCUGUGCUAUUUGAGGCAUGUUUUGGACAUGCAAUCUGAGGUUGACCGUAUUAAAGCUGCUUUUUUGUAUUUUGUAUAGAUAGUUUGAAAACUAAAAACAAAGCUCCUUAGCUUAGGAAAUGUUUUUAUUGACUAAUUUUGUCUGUGAACAAAAAUUAUUCCCUUUACUGUGCCUUCUUGUCCAACACUCAAAUAUUUCUUCCAACUUGAAAUACCAAUGUCUUUUUUCUAGUUAUACUUUUUGCUAAGCAUUCUUAGGGCUUGAGGCAAGCAGUAUUUUGAAUAUUUAAAUUUCACAUUUUUACAUGUUUCUAGCAAGGUAAAUCUUGUUCCAGAAGCAAUUGAAUUAAUUUAACAUUACCUGUUGAGUAGACCCAUGUCCAAGUUAAAUUCAAGUCUGUAGGGUUGCUUAGUCAUGAGAAUUAAAACCUGUGGACAUUUAGAGGAUGGGGUCUGGACUGUGUUGCUGAAGUCAGCUAGAAAAGUGCUACAGCUGACUGUAUAGAAAUGUGUCAGCUGAAGUUCAAAGAUAAGAAUUAAUUGCUUAUUAAAUGUAACCACAAUCUUCACCUUUUUCCUUCUUGUUCACAACUUUAAAAAAAGAUGUGGAUGGAAAUCCAAAGAGAAAAUUAUUAGAUUAUUAGCAUGUUCAUAUCAAGACUUUGGAUUACUUGGGAAAACUUGUACGUCUCAGUGGUAUGAUCACUGCUUUAAUGUACAUGAGGAUUUAAGAUUGCAUAGUAAGUGAUUAUGAAAAACGAACAGAUGUCUCAAGCUGGGAAGUUUUUACAGAAAGUCUUAUUCCCAGAAGUAACCUACAGUAGUUAUUUGCUUAUCAUCAGAGAUGGUUAUCUAACUGGACAUCUGUUUUGUUCCCUUGUACAUGAGCCUGCUUCUCCACCUGCUUUAUUGGUGAACUGUGGAAUUUUACUGGAUGUUAAAUCACAUGAAACACAUGGUCACUGUUAGUUAUUUACACAAGUAAAUAAGAAUAUGUCUGUGAAACUUGAGUAGUUUAUCAUUGCACUCUGCAGAGGUCUUUUUUUACCCAGGUUGAGUUGUUUCUUCUUGCCAAAGAGUAAAUCUUCUCAUCACUGGCCUUGAACUCUUCAGGCAAGAUACUUUUAGUGAGGCUAAUGCCUUUCUUUUCCUCACAAUGUCAAACCCAAGUACUAGUCAUCAGUGUAUUUUACAGAAACUCAUUUAGAAGCUCAAGAUACGAGUGUUUUUGGGAAGAGGGAGGAGGAAAGCACAUUUUCUACUCAUCUGUUUCUGUACUACUCAAUUCUGUGUCUCUUCACUAGCUAUUCACCUCACAUUUGCAGCUAGCUAUUCAUUUUCUGUAUGCAAUUUUUUGGUUUGUUAUGGUGAUGGCUAAUCAAAAACAUCAGAAAUCUACUGCCAGUCCAUUGCUUGUGCAAUUGAUAUGAAUAACAAAGAUUGAAGAAAUUUGCCCAGUAAAAGGGAAAGAGGAGAGAAAAUGGUUGUAUGUUGUCAAAUUGACUGGGCCUGAAGAAUUUCUUCCUGGUAUUUAAAGAACUAAUCUGAGUAACCUCAGCAUUUUUAAGAUCAUCUUUGUGGUGUCCUUGUGCCUGUCAGAGAGUAACAUGCUAAAAACUGAUCCUUCUUUUUCUAAGCUCCUUAUUUAAGAAUUUAUGCCUUGAUUAUGAAACAACUGAUAAAAAGGAUAAAAUUUACCUGUGUGUUUAAUGUGCUAACUACAGGAUUUCACUAGCAAGAGAGGAGACUAUUCAUUGCUUGAAUUUACUUUAUUAUCUAUGUUUAAAGGAACUCUCAGAUAAGCUUAUUUUUAUGAUCAGUUUGAUAAGCUUUUUUUACUCCGUGUCAAUACAUUUAUUUCCACUGGUGAUCCAGAUGCCUGCCUUAAGAACUUAUAAGCAUCAGCAGAACUUACAAUUUAUCAGCAGUGUAGUUCUUUUUUCACCUAAAAUGUAUUCCUUAUGGAAAGAAUGAGUUAAGUACCGCUAUCAUAUUUUUCUUCAAUCAGAAAAAUUGUGAUGUUGAAACAUACUCGAAGGCAUUGGCCCCUUUGUCCGUUUUGUUUUCAGAAGAGACUAUCAAUAAUUAAAUAAGAAAGGAAAGCCUUUGGAAGUCAUACAAGUCAGGUAUCUGACCCCUUCACAGUUUUGUUACUGAAGACCCUGAUCUUCAAACUAGAGUAAUUCCUGCUGCUCUCUUGUGCACAAAAUAUUUGCUUGAUACUUUUAGUGAGGCUUGACACAAGUCUCCAGGGGUAUCUCCUAAGCUGAAGCUGCUUGAAGACUGCAGUUCAUGAGGCUGUGGUGGCUGCAAAUGUGAAGCCUGAUAUCACUCCAUUUGAUGGUUUUAAUGUUAACUAUUUCUUACUUAGAACAAUUAAAUCUGCCAAGGAAUUGCCUUUCUGGCUUCCUUGCCAGAAGACUCACACUUCUGUCUGACAUUUACAUCAAAGACCAAAGCCUGGUCUGAGGGGUGUGGCUGAGAGGCUCCAUAGAAAAAUGGCAGCUAAAACUGGAUUGCCACCAAUUCAGAGAGAGCACAGAGCAGUCUGGUUUCGAUCAACUUCUGUCAUGAGAAAACAUGGAAGGGGACAAGCAUAUUAAGUGCAUAGUGCUGCUGGGAUGUACAUGUACAAAGAACUGAUUUCUGGAGUACAUCACAACUACUACUUGCAGAUCUACUUACUGAGUAUCUGUUCAUGCCUCUGGGCUUGGCGAAGCAUUAUACAGUACUACCUUACCACUAAAAUGAACUCCAGAGUCUACACAAAGCACUUCCCUAGAACAAAUGCGGAAAGAUAAACAUUUAUCUUAGAACAGACCUACUUAAAUUAAAUAUUUUCUGUCAAAAUACAGAAUUAACAAUGUCUGUUACAGCUGUAUGCACUAUACUGUUAAAAUUUUAAGCAGUUUUGUGGCCAUAGUCUCAAAGAAAAUGCACUGAACUCAUGGAGUAGCAUGAGCCCCUCUCUCUUUAUAGAGUGGGAAGCAAAUUUUUGAAGUACUAAACUUCAUUUCGGUAGUAGUUGCUCUUUCUUGCAGUUUAAUAUCACUUUAACCAAUUCAACUUAAAUAACUUGGUCAAAUUUGGAAAUGGGUUAGGAAUUGAAAAUAGUUUUGCCUUUUUUUUUUUCUCUUCAAUACCUUCACGGGUCUAUCCUGUGUAAAAUCUGCUCUCUCUAAAAGCUGAAGGCAGUGGCAACUAGAAACUUUUAGUUCUGUAGUCUUCGUUAACAAAAUGUAUUUCAUGGAUGUAUUCAAUACAUUUAAAAGAGAUCAAUCUAAGAAUUAUUUUCAAUGCCAUUUUUCAUGUUAUACUCUGAAUCCAGAGAUCUUGUCAAACUAAUGAAGUGUUAAAUUAUCAAAAAAUGCACUCAUAUGUUUUCAAAUAAAAUGUAACCAUUUAGCAUCUAACAAGCGAUAUGAUCUUAGCUAUGUAAAAUGAAUUCCCUAGUUUUAAAAAGUUACCAAACUUAGUGGGACUAUAUUUAAUUGCAAACAAACAUUUAAAUAAUUGCUAAUGAAAUAAUAAUCUUUUAGAGGAGAUGAAUGUAGGUGCAAAAUCAGGCUUAAAAUGUAAUUUCUUGUUUAUUUAAGUCAUUAUUAAAUAGACUAAAAUAGAAAUGAUUCGUCCUGUAAUAAACUUAGGAGAGGCAGUAUGGAAUGUCUGCUUUGAGAUGCACAAGUUAGAUUUCUCUUCUGAGGUUUAGGUAACUAAAAUUUUGAGGUCUACCACAAGAUUAACUAACCUGGCUUUCAUUUGCAGUCAGGGAAGACAAAAUAGGCAGGCCUGGCAGUAGAGUCAUUCCAUCCUACAAGAUCAUCUAAGUUGCUAUGUGGAAAGUGACAGUUCUUGCUACCAGAGCAUAGGACAAUUUCCUUAGGCUUAGGCAUGUGGUGUUUUUUUAGUUUACUUUAGAUAUCUCAAAAUGGAGAAAAUGAGACACAGUAAAAGCAGUUGCCUUUGCUGUUGCAAUGUGUUGAUGGUGCUACAGUUUUUUUGAGUUCCCCUAAGAGCAUCUUCUUUGUGGCUAUUGUUUGUUUGUUUGCCUUUUGGGUUUUUACAUAUCCUUUGUAAGGGUUUGCUCUGAGGCUUGUCUGUUUUUUCCCUGGGUGAAGAUAAUGUUCAAAUAUUUAUCCGUUGUAUCCUGUGUUUGCAAGGGACAACAUGCUGUGACUUUCUUGUAGUCAUGGCAUUAGUGUAAAUAAUUACAUGAAGAGUUAAGAGAUCUACAGUUACUGUUAGUGUACAAAGCUGAGCUCUUUUUGAGCCUUAAAUUCUCCCUGCUGCUGAACCAUCUUGGUUUUCCACUGGUUUCCCAAUUUGGAUGAGUACAUGAUGUUACUGUCUUCAUAAACUCAGUAAAUAGAGCUAACCAUUUCCAUUACUACUACACUUUUGUACACUCAUCAGAUUAUUUUUUGAUUGUUUUAUAUAUUACAUUAAACUGCUGCUUUUUUCACAAGUGUUUCAGAUCAGCAAGGUUACAGUUACUCCUGAUACUGUCCACCUGGGUGCCUGAAUUCUUAUUUUUGGCAUUUGAAUUUCUCAUCUCAGGAAAAUGAAAAAAUACUUGCCAGUAAACAUGAGUUCUUUGAAAGUCCCUGCACACUUAUGCUCUUGGUAAACACACCUUGAAUUACUGAAAGUAACUAGGGCUCCCAUCCUCAAAAUCUUUCAGAGCUUUGCAUUAUGGCAUGAAGCAGCAAGAUGGAUGAUUCCAACAUCAGGGACUGAAAGCUUGCAGAUUGGUGCCUGUAUCCAGCUGCAGCCUUGCAUAUUUCCUAACCUUUUAGGUAAUUUUUCAUUGCUUUCAAAGAUCUAUUGUAAUAGAUCUUGGACUUUUUAGAUAAAUGCAAGUCAAAAAACAUGUGUAGGUCUUCUGAUUUGCCAUAUAAUAAACUGUGAUAUAUGCUAAGUAUCUGCCAGUAGUUUGUACUGAUGUCCAAUUACAAUUUUAAAAACAACUUCUUUUUAGACAUUAUAAAUAUUUCAAUUAUUUAACUUACCAACUUCAAAAAGAAACAGUAUUUUACAGUUAUCUCACCUUCUUAUAAUGAAUUUAUCCAAAUGAUAUGGUUUGAAUUUACAUUUUACUUUUGCCCAGAAGUGCUGAUUUUCUUCAAAUAGGAAUUGCUAACUCCUUGUCUAGGAAACUUUCUAAAUAUUCUCAUGAUAUUAGAUGUAUUUCGGUCUGUUAAUUAACAAAUAUAAAAGAUACCUUAAUUCAGGAAAAUUAAUCAUUGAAAUACUAAGUCUUGUGUAAAAGUUUAUAUUAUAAUUGAGGUGGUCUUAGAAUAGAAGGGAGCACAUUUAAAAAAAGGCAAAAACUAACUCAGAAUUAAAUAAAAACUUUAAUAUUCUAAGUUUGCAGGAUUUUUCCCACUGCUAAUAUAUUUUGUAAUAUACUUUAAAAUAAAACUGAUUAUUUAAUAGGAAAAAUAGUAGGGAAAUAUCUAGUGUUUACUUUUUCUUUUUAGUAAGCAAUGUCCCACUUUCAAAUUGCAUUUGUUUUUCAGAACUGAGUUUUUAUGCGUAUACCAACUAUACCGAGUAGGAACGGAGCAUACAUUUCCUUAGUGCAUCCAUAUUUGUAAUGUUUUGCCUUUCCUUACCUGACUUCAAAAAUUACAACAAUUAAGUCUCACUGUCUCUGUGAAAAAUAUGGAUUUACAGAGGAAAACGGGAAUUGAGAGAAAGCGGUCUGGAGGAGAUCAAAUAGGCCCUUUCAGAACCAGAAGUAAAGGACUGAGUUAUUGGAUGUUUCUGUGUUCUCAGCUGUAGAAUGUUCUUUAAUGUGCCAUGCUCUAUCGAAAACACAUGAACUUCAGGAUCACCUCAUCAUCACAAUCUCUUAGCAUGUUUUCUCCAACAGAGUAUCACUGUCUUAGACGUGUUUUAAACAAAUGAUCAGUGAUCUGAUUGUGCCUGAUGCUUCAUGCAUGUAGCAACUUCAAAAAGGGGGAACUACCUAAUUGUAAUGUAUUUUAUCUUUGUCUCUAAGGUGGCAAUGUGUUGGCUCCUUUCCAGUGUGUCUUUCUCAACUACAAAUUUUUUGCAAGUUGUCAUAAAAGGCAUUGCAUUUCCUUCUUAACCCAUGUUGUAGAUGGAGUUUUGCAUUAGAAACUUCAAGACUAUUGUCCAUAUUCCUAUUUCCAUAUUCUGCACCACUGACGUUAAUACAGUUUUUGUAAACACAAUUAACACAUUUUAAUUUUUAAAGUCAGUAUAAUCCCUCUGGUGUGCCGGUACCUGUUUUUUUUUUAAUAGAUUUGUUCAUACGUGUGUUGGUUGUGAAGGACCGAUAUAACAGUAAGAACGCUAGUAUUUAUAAUUUUCGUGAAUAUGUAAUGAGGUUCCACAGUGGGUUUCUUUGAGGUCAGUUUCUGUGGAAAAAUCGUCAUGGAGUCUGUUUACAUUUAGAAAGGGAAGAGCUUCCAAAUUAGAAGUCCCGAGCCAAGGGAGGUACUGUAUGUAGCCCGAACACCCGUGCCCACUGUGUCCCUCGGGCUGAGCAGCUGAAAAUCCCCGCCCCAAAGCGGCCCGUGCGCUCCCAGCCCGGUGGCGCCGCUCCCGGCCCGUUUGGGGGCGGCGGUCCGGCCGUGCCCGGGCCCGCAGAGCGCAGCGCCCCCGUCUGUCAGCGCGGCCCGCGCGCCCGCGCCAUCUUGGGCACUCGUCGGGGGCAGCGCUCCCCCUCCCUCCGCAAGAUGGCGGCGGCCGGGUGAGUGACAUGCCCGGUCACGUGGCGCGAAUCGCCCCGCGCCCCCCCGCGCGCGCGGUCUCUAUGGCUCAGCCGGACACACGGGCGGCGGCGGCGAGGGACGGGCGGGCGGACGGAGCUGCGGCGCCCGCACGGCGCCUCCUUUGUCUGCGGCCUCGGCAAGGCGAGCGCUUCCCCCUCCCCGGCGCUCCGGUGCCCCCGCCGGAGAGCUCGGCUUCCUCCUUCCCGCCGGCAGAGGCGACGGAGGCUCCCCGCUGGGGCGAGCGGGGCGGGGGUCCUUCCGCGGCCCCUUCGCCCCGGCCGGCGACACGGCGCGUCCUCGGGCGAGCGGGGCCGGGUCCGGACGCUCCGGGUCUGGAGCGCCCCGGCCCAUCGCCGCCUCUCCGGGGAGCGGGCGGGCAGGCCCGGCGGGGGUGGCGGGAGGUCAGGGCGGGCUGGCGGCCGCCUCUCCGCCCCGCACCCCGUUCCUCGGCGGGCUGCCCGGGCCGGCGGGCAGGUCCCGCGCCGCCGCCGUUCCUGCGGGGGGGCGAGGAGGGCGGCUGGAGCUGGUGGGGGGGUGUCUUUCGGCUGUGUUUCUUCGCCCCCUUCUGCUCCCCCCGACUCCUUGCCUUUCUUCCUUCCCUCCCUGCUUCCCCUCCCCGCCCCAUCUGUUUCAGGCUUGCGGAACUAUGGCUGUUUGAAAUUAAACGUGAUCUUUACUGUACCAGCUGGGGUCUGUAAUGUAUCUGAUAAAUGAAGCUCUUCCCGUCGGUUUCAGGUCAUGCAAGGAAAAGGGCAAAUCUGAGGAGGGAGCUGGGCGGGGUUUCCCUUUGCUUUUCACAGUCAGGCGAGAGGAGUCUGGUUGAUGUCUGCAGCAGAUAAAGGAGACGAGGAUCAUCAAAAGACCUCAGAACCCUUUUAUCUUUCUUCUGUUUUUCCCUCUAAUUUCAUUUGUCGCUGCUGUGUUGUCUGCCUGCUUGUUUCCCCCUUCAGAAGGGGUCGGGAGCACCAGGGCCCUGGCUGAGGUAGUAGUUUGUGCUGUUGGUCGGGUUGUGACAUUGCCCGCUGUGGAGAUAACUGCGCAAGCUACUGCCUUGCUAGUGCUGGUGAUGAUCAGCUGCAGAUGAAGACAAUGACAAUGGGAAUCCCCUUUGUAUUCCCGGGAUUGCAUGCUGCUGAGGUGGCAACAAUUCCUUCUCUUCCUAGUUCUGCAGGAGGAAUCUAGCCUUGGCCACCGAGGCAAGUAGUGGGGUUCGACCCCAUCAGUAGGACGCUCCUUCUUUUCGCAGAGCCGGAUGAAAAAUCACUAGUUUCAUGCUGUUUGGAGGGUACCUGAAUUUGGGCUGAAGAGCAAGUGCCUGCAUUUCUUCUCAAGCUUAGACCUUAUUAUUCACCUGGCGUCCUUGAAAGAGGUGGAUUUUCUAUUUUUUGAAGAUGGAGAUCAGUGACAGACUUGUAUUUUGUGUGAUUUUAAUAUGCAAAACUUGUAUGUGUGAUAUUAAAUGCUUUUGUCUGAAUGGUAAAAAAUCAUAGAGUAUUUCUCUAACAAAAGCAAAAAUAUGUAAUUACCACUUUAUAUAGAUAAGAGUCUUUUUACAGUAGAGUUGACCAAUUGUACUGCUGGCUGCUCACAAUUUUAGGUGAACUUCUGAGAUAUCUUUCUUGUAUAUUUUAAUUUAUUGUGAAAACAAAGUCAUGAAUUUGCUGUUGUGAAUUAAUUAAAAUUGCUGGUAUAUUUAUAGUGAUGGCUAAGGGUAUCUUUUUGAUACAAAUUUUAGUGUGUUGAUUGCUUAUUACAAUGGCUUAAACUUGUAAUAUAUUAAAACCUUUAUAAUAAAUGUGCAUAACUGUCUCAUGUUUUUAAAAACAAAUUAAUUUUUAUAAGACCUAGCUAUGAGUCUGUUAACUUUGUAGUGAAAAUUAAAGCUGUAGCUAAACACUUGAAA